AUGACCUGUGGGAAUAUUUACUUACAGGGGAGGCUCUGCACAAUCAGGACUAACGUCUGCAUGGCACCAGCUUUCGGGAGAUGUCUACGAAAUGGGCUCUGGACGAGGCCAUGGCAAAAGGAGGAUGCUUGCACACCCUGUUUUUUUGGUUCGUGGGGGUGUUUGCAGUCACAGAACUGGCGAGUCUGUGGUGUCCGGUGCCUUGGGAGACUGGGAGAGCCACCUGUGCGUCUGUGCCGCUCGGCCCCUGCUGCUGUGGUCCCACAAAAGGCUGUGGGUGAGAAAACAGAAGAGUUCAAACUGGUCUACAGGUUUCCAGGGAUUAAGUACUGCCGGGUGCUGUCUCGACUGAAGCUAUUGCAGACUGCCACCACCAUGGUCAUGCUGCCUCCCAUCUACUACCUCUAUCUGCAAGACCAGGUUUCUCAGAACAUCCUCUUGUACAGCACUGGCGUUGCACUCUUUGCUGGUGCAAUGUUGUAUGGUAUGAGCUACUUUUUCAGACGAGUUAUUGGAUUCAUCUACUUAAGUGAAACUGGCCGUGUUGUCAGAGUGGCCCACUUGACCUUUUGGGGAAGACGGAAUGACAUUUACUGUCCCUUGGAGACAGUGAUGACUUUGGAUGAAGUUGGAGAUAGCAAGGGGGAGCUGCUUCUCCAGUUCAAACGCUAUAAUAGUACAGACAUUUUAUAUUUUACGAUUAAAUUUGGCCAGAUUGUAGACAGACAGAAGUUUAUGCAAAUAUUUGGAGAACUUGAGUGA